GUAUUAAGCUUUGCGCUAGCUUUCAUAUCAUAAAAGGAAUUUUGUAAAAUAUCUAGAGCAUGGAAUCGCCCGCCGCCCCGGCCAGAGUCGUAAAAGUCCUAGGUCGUGUUGGGGCACGUGGCCUUAUGACUGCGGUCCGUGUGGAGUUGUUGAAGUUUCCGCGUAAUCAAAUGCUCAGAGCUGUUAAAGGUCCCGUUCGUUUGGGUGACAUAAUCAACAUUGAAGAGGCUUUGGAGGAUGUUUGGCGGCCGAAGUAAUCAAUCAAGUUUUUAAUAUUUACAUAGUUUUUGGUGAAUAGACGACAAAAUUUCAAAAA